AUUUGAAUGCGACAAGGCGACAUCUGGACCCUUGGACCGGAAGACCCGAUUUGUGGUUCAUUAUCCCAGCACAUGCCUGCUGCUUUUCUUUUCUGAUAUUCCCAGAUGUCCUUACAAUAGCCCUUCAAGGCACUUUCAUCGAUGCCACCCAGGCCUUUCUCUAUCGACCUCCGGCGUUGCAGCAGCUAUGUCUGCAGAUCGUGCCUCGACAGCCAACGUAACUUGCGCCCAUCGAAUCCGCCGCCAUGGCUGGUGACACAGUACUCCAGUGCUGCCCGGCGGGCACGGCCGUCCUCGGUAGCAGCCGGCCGCAGAAAAUCAGAGGCGGCGCCGGAUCCCGCAGGGCUUGACAAGAACCUCGCCGAAGAGCUCAUCCGCGCCGACGACUCGCCAACGCCGCUCGAUGUCAAAUACUUCGACCAGGUGGCGCCCGGCCAGCUCCGGCGGUUACGUGGCAAGGACGAGUUUGACGAGUCGAUCGGCGGUCUAGACAACGAGAUCGAAACGGCCAUCAACAACCUGGAGAAAGAGAUGAUUAACACUGUCCGGAUGCUGCAGCGCAUGGAGAAGGAGGGAGGGCAAGACAAGGCAGACCAGCUAAGGAAGCAAUUCAAAAAGACACUGCGGCUGCAGUACAAGGGGAAGACCGGUCCCGAGGCCGAGGAAUAUGGACUGCUGCGCAUCUCGGGCUUCAGCGGACCGCGACAGCGGCCCGUCGCCAGCCUGAACAGCUUCCUUGCCCGGGACAGCGUUGUUAAGGGAGGCGUCCUGAAGCCAAAGGACAUAUCCGAGUGCUGGAAAUACUACUCUGCCGCGCGCAAGACGUUGUCGACGGCCUGGGACAGGGUGCCACCCGAGGUCUGGAAUUUCUUGUGGUCAAUCCUUUCGUCUGAAGACGUAGAGAAUCCCAACCGCAUGCAGCAUAUCUAUAUCCUCGCAAAGGACAUGCAGGCCGCCGGCGUACCUCUGCGGGACUCGCAGCAGCUCCUCGCCAUGGAGGCCAUGUUCAUCGAGGGCUGGCAAGCAGAGGCCAUUGACGCGUGGAAGAAGGCUGUUGUCACGCUUGGCUCGAAACCUGAGACCUUCAAGGCCUACUGGGAGCUCGGUGUUCGGAUGUGUUGUUUACACGGAGACGUGGAGCGCGCGCAAAGGGCCGCCGAUACGCUUCUCAGGUCUGCGCACAAGCCCGACGCCCGGAUCCUCAUCCCCAUCAUCGGGGCGUUGUCGGCCGACGAGGCUACGCUUGAGCAAGCCUGGGAGUCAUACCGUGACAUGCGUGACCUACUCGGAGAGAGCAUGCAGAUUGAGGACUACGACAGGGUCAUUGGCUUGUUCCUCUCUGCCAAUUGUGUCGAGUACGCUUUGCAGGCCUUCGUCGACAUGAUGUUCUCCGGCGCCAUCGACAUUCGCGGGAGGACAAGGUUGCCUCUGAGCGUCAGCAACCACUUCUUCAUUGGAAAGUGGCUAAAGCGGCUCAUUGGAGUGGGUGAUUUGGACGGCGCAUAUCAGGUGGUGGUAUAUCUUCAAAGCAAAGGGGUAACCGCGUCGCCCAUCCAACUUAACGGCCUCAUCGGGGCCUGGCUGAGGUCUGGAUCUGCGGAGCAUGUUGAAAAGGCCGAGACUCUAGCAUGGAGCAUGAUCCGUGCCCGCCUAGACUAUGUCCGUCUGCGACAUCGCCAGGCUUCGAUGCAGGGGUCGAUCCAGUUCUACGACCCUUACCAGCUCCCAGCCACAGAGAAGCAGAGCGAAGGAAAGCCUGAGUUCCAGUGCCUGACGCGGGCGACUGCCGAGACGUUCUCCUUGCUUGCAGAGAACUACUGCUCACGCAGACUCCAUGGCCGCCUGCAAGAGCUGUUUGAGGUGCUCAAGGAGGCUGAGAUCGGCCCGACCAGCUUCCUCAUGAACCAGCUGAUCCGAUCGUAUUCCCAGAAUGGCGAGGCUGAGGAGGCUGUUAAGAUUUACCGAACCAUGACGCAGGAGCAAAAGAUCCGCCCUGACGGACACACCUUCCUGGCCCUCUUCAACAGCCUUUCCGUUAACCGCCUCAUCCAGCGGGAUCCAGACCUCUCGAGGCAGGAUAUCAUCUCGGGCCGGCAGUUCUUUGCAGACAUGGUUCGGGCGGACUGGACGUUUGACACCCCCGAAAUCCUGGCCCAGCUCCCGCGCACAAUUCUGUUCACGAUGCUCAAGGCAAAGGAUUACACGGGGACCAUCAUCGCCGCUCGGGCCAUGAGGGAGCUUUUCGCUUUCCACCCGCCCGAGACUCUGCUCAUCGAACUGGCCUCAGGCGCUGGAUCCCUGCAUAUCAAGUCCAAGCGGAACAUUGAGCGCCUUGUGACUGGCCGGAAUACGAUCGAGAUCCUAAUGAAGAAACACAGGCUGGAGCUGAUAAAGCGGGGACAUAAAGGCGACGUCAUGACAGACGAGGAGAAACUUGAGGAGCUGUAUGAAGUUUUGGAAAAGCUUGUCCUGCUGAAGGCCAAAGCACAAGAUGUAAGGCCCGAGGAACUGAAGCCCAUAUUAGAAGAGACAGCGCGGGAGAUGGGCGUGUAUGAUAUUGUGAUUCUGAAAGACGCUGGCCAGAUUGCGAGGCACAGCAAGCUGGCCAAGCAACCGGUUGGACAGAUGUAGAUAUAUUGUACAAUACAAUACCAUGUAACUGGAUCCAAAAAUGAACCUAGUCGUGAUCUUCUUCUGUCAUCCCCGGACACCCGUCCAUCUCCUUGUCCGGGUACGCAAACUUGCACCAGAAACAAUAGUUGUGCCGCUCGCGCAGAAACUCGACAACCCGGCGCAGCCUCUCGUCAACCGGCAGGGCCUCGAACUCAUCCAGC